AUGAAGAGGAUAUCAUGUAGCUGCAUCGAGUGGCUUCCGAUUUGGAUCAAUUCAUUCGUUCACAACAACCCGCUGCUUAUUCCAUUGAUUUCUAUCGGAUGGCUAUUCAAAUAUUACGCGGUUUUGAUGGGUGGAGCUCAAUCGGGUCUCAUCUACCCACCCAAGAUCCAUCCAUCCCAUCAAUCACAACAGAGUCAAAUACGUGGAUCCACCACGGAUCGAUUCGGCAAGCUUUUCAACUCAAUCGGUUUCCCGUUUGUGAUCGGUGAAUUGAUCGAGGAAGCGCUGAGGCCUUCUAUACAGCACUCGCAUGCAAGGUCACCCAUCCAAGAUUUGGGUGCUUCCGGGGAAAAUGAUGCAAACAACUUGGUGUUAAGGCGGCGAAGUGUAUCCAAUGGAUUCCCGUGCAACCACUACGACAACAGAACCACGAGGCUUUUGUGCGUCACAUCAUGGCGUCAAUCAAAUCUCGGGACAAAGAGCUCCGGAACGAGGUUGCUCCAAGCAAUGAACACGCAAUUCAGC